AUGGUGUUUUGGCGUCGAUACGUGGAUGAUACAUUCGUCAUUAUUGGAAAGGACAGUCUAUCGGGUUUCCAUGACUUGCUUAGCAGCAUCCUCCCCGGCAUUCAGUUUGCAAGAGAAAACGAGGAGGCCGAGAAACUACCCUUCCUUACUGUGCUCGUCACGCGCAAAGUUGAUGGUAAACUCAGCAUUACAGUGUACAGAAAGGCGACCAAUAUAACCCAGGUCCUCAUCUAUCAUAGCGACCACCCAUUGGUGCACAAACGGGCCGUUCGGAGAGGCGACCCACUAUCUCAAGUCGCCGCUCACACGCUGGAGGAAGGCCAUGAGUUCGACUUCGCCAACACGCGGAUAUUGGCGCGAGACGACAACAAGAUGGGGCGAGAAAUGUUGGAGGUUCGGGUGCCGGAUACCAACUCUAUCAAUAGACACAUUGAUUUGCCUGCGUGUUAUCAUGCGCUCCGCCCACGCAGCCAAGUUGCGCAGCUCACAUCGCCGCAAAGUACAAACGGCGUCACCACGCCAGAGGACCAUUGUGGACCAGGCGGGACAAACCAGACCUAA